AUGGCCAGUUUGCCGACAAUAUAUGGCGCUGUUCUUCUGGGUGGAUUUGUUGCUUCUGCACUAUCUGGGAUCAUAACAGCACAGACAUUUACUUAUAUCAAGCAAUACCCCACUGAUACACGCAUCACAAAAUCGAUUGUGAAUAUGGCCUCUUACAUCUUGUCUAGGGUAUUAGAUUCCAUUCAUACCGGUCUUUGGUUCGGUGAUGAAGGCAAGAUAGACUACAUACCUGCUCCAUUAGCAAUAUCCAUUGCGCUGACGGCUUUCCUUACUCUGAUCGUGCACUGGUAUGCUACUGUUAUUCUGUAUAUCUUGUAUACCAACACCAUUUCAGUUUCUUUGCGCAUCGAAUUCACAAGCGUUGUAUUCGCAUUCUUGCGACUGGACUAUAUCAUUAAGUUGCUGCACUUGUCACCACCUGUUGAGAUGAUCGAACUGCAGACAAUGACCGCAUUCAGACACAAAGUCGAAUGGGUGUUCACUGCAGGUCUCUCAUUUUCAUGUGUAGUAGACGUCCUCAUCACUGCAAGUCUGUGCUUUACGCUGCGCAGAAGUCGUAGCUCGUACUCGAACAUGGACCGUAUAAUUAACUCCAUUAUAUUGUAUACAUUGGAGAACAACGCACUUACGAGUGCCGCCACCAUCAUCUCAAUAAUAUGCUGGGUGGCUAUGGACAACCUCGUUUUCCUUGGGGUCCAUUUUGUACUCAGCAAACUUUACGCCAACUCUUUGCUAGCAACCUUGAAUUCCCGUAAGCAACUUCAAGAAGAACGCUCGCGUGGAGCCCUUUCAAACGAGCUUCCGGUUACAUUUCCUAGCCGGUAUCAGUCCAAGUAUUUGAAACGUUUGGAUCCUGGAAAUAAGUUGGAAAUCAAUGUAGGACGGACCAUCGAGCACGAAGCAGCCGACGGCUUUGCGAAACGAAGUUCGCAUAUCCCUUCGGAAAGUUCACCCCCAACAACUGAUCCGAACCACAUUACAUCCAACGUAGUUUAG